AUGAGUGGUGUUAUUCAGUUCAAGUAUAAUUAUUCUGAUAAGGAGUUUAAUAUUAUACGUAUUAGUGGAAGGGGUAGACCAACAAAGUUUCCUGAUCAUUUGAAAAACUUGUAUGACAAACCCCUACCAAUAUCAGCACUUAAAAAAAAUGAUUUGACGAAACUAUGUAAAACUCAAGCUACACCAGAAGAAUUCCACGAAUGGUAUAAAAGUAUACCAUCAUGUUCCAAAAAGAAAGAAACUGUGAUACUAUCUGAAUCUGAAAAUGAUUCUAAUUAA